AUGGCAACAAUAUUUCGUAGUGAAGAAAUGACGUUAAGUCAAUUGUAUUUACAGCCUGAUGCUGCUUAUUCAACUAUAGCAGAAUUAGGAGAAUUAGGCAUAGUUCAAUUUCGUGAUUUAAAUCCAAACGUAAAUGCAUUUCAAAGAAAAUUUGUUAAUGAAGUUCGACGAUGUGAAGAAAUGGAACGAAAACUACGUUUUCUUGAAGGUGAAAUAAAAAAAGAUGAAUUAUCAUUGACGGAACCACAUGAGAAUCUUGAUGCGCCAAAAGCUCGAGAAAUGAUCGACCUCGAAGCUAUUAUUGAUAAAUUAGAUCAUGAAUUAAAAGAAAUCAAUACAAAUGCUGAUGCACUCAUGAGAAAUUUCAAUGAACUAACAGAAUUAAAAUAUAAUUUAGCAAUGACACAAGCAUUUUUUCAAGAUGCACAACAAAUUGGAAUGAAUUCAUCGGAAAAUAUUCUUGAACAAAAUCUCGAUUCAGUUGAUCAAUAUUCAACAACAGUAACAGUUGGAAUGAAACUUGGAUUUCUCAGUGGAGUUAUUGCACGUGAUCGAAUGAAUGGAUUCGAAAGAAUGUUAUGGAGAGUUUGUCGUGGAAAUGUUUAUUUAAAACAAGCUGAAAUUCCACAAUUGAUUGAAGAUCCUCUUACUGGUGAAAAAAUUCAUAAAACGGUAUUUGUUGUUUUUUUUCAAGGUGAACAAUUAAAAACUCGUGUUCAAAAAAUUUGUGAAGGUUUUCGUGCUAAUAUUUAUCCUUGCCCAGAAAAUUCCAAUGAUCGUCGUGAAUUAGCAAUGGGUGUUAUGACACGCUUAGAAGAUUUAAAUGUUAUUCUUCGUCAAACGCAUGAUCAUCGUCAACGAGUUUUAUUAGAAACAUCGAAAACAAUUCGAACAUGGCAAAUUAAAGUUAAAAAAAUCAAAGCCAUUUAUCAUACAAUGAAUAUGUUUAAUAAUGAUGUUGCAAGAAAAUGUCUUAUUGCUGAAUGUUGGACACCAAAUUCACAAAUUCAAACCGUUCAAUUAGCAUUAAGAAAAGGAUCAGAAUUAAGUGGUUCAGGAUCAGUUUCAUCUGUACUAAAUCGAAUGAUAACAGAUGAACAACCACCAACACAUCAUAAAUUAAAUAAAUUUACACAAGGCUUUCAAAAUUUAGUUGAUGCAUAUGGUGUUGCAACGUACAGAGAAAUAAAUCCAAUGCCAUUUGUUUUAAUAACAUUUCCAUUUUUAUUUGCUGUGAUGUUUGGUGAUGCUGGUCACGGUCUUGUUGUUACUAGUUUUGCUCUUUGGAUGGUUUUAAAAGAAAAUUCACUGAAAAAUAAAUGGAGAAAACAAGAAGUUUGGACUAUUUUUUUUGGUGGAAGAUAUAUUAUUUUAUUAAUGGGAUUAUUUUCAAUUUAUACGGGACUUAUCUAUAAUGAUGUGUUUUCAAAAUCCAUUAAUAUAUUUGGAUCAUCAUGGAGAGUUAAAUUUGGUGAUGAAACAUUAAAUAAAUCAGAUACGGUUAUAUUAGAGCCUACUUCAUAUAAUUAUAGUCGAACAAGUGAAUAUCGUCAAAUGUAUUCGGGCGCACCAUAUCCAUUUGGUCUUGAUCCUGUUUGGCAAUUAGCUGAAAAUAAAAUAACAUUUACAAAUUCAGCAAAAAUGAAAUUUGCUAUUAUUAUUGGAAUUAUUCAAAUGGGUUUUGGGGUCGUUCUUAGUUUAUGGAAUCAUUUUCAUUUCAGACAUUAUCAUGGAAUACUUGUUGAAUUUCUCCCACAAAUAAUAUUUCUAGCUUGUAUAUUUUUCUAUUUAAUUAUAUUAAUAUUUUAUAAAUGGUCAAUGUACGAAGGAAAAGAUGCAACAUCAGCACCAUCACUUCUUAUUCAUUUAAUAAAUAUGAUGUUAUUAUCUUAUCCAACUGAUCCACCAAGUUCAACAAAAUUCUAUAGCUCUCAACAAACACUUCAAACAGCAUUAUUAGGAUUUGCAGUCAUUUGUAUUCCAUGGCUGCUUAUAGGAAAACCAAUUUAUAAAAUACUUCAAAAAAGAAAACAAGAGAAUUUGUCAACAAUACCAAUGAAUGAUCAAGCAAGUAAUGAUAUCGAAAUGAAUACUCAUAAUAAUCAUCAUGAACAGAGUGGCGUCGUGCUGGACGUCAAUGCACAAAAGUCGAACACUAAAGAAUUUCUUGACGAUGAACAUCUCCAUCAUCAAAAGAAUAAAGUGGAGGUUGACAUGAGUGAAGUAUGGGUUGAACAAGGUAUUCAUACAAUUGAAUAUUUUCUUGGUUGUAUAUCACAUACAGCUUCAUAUUUACGUCUUUGGGCAUUAUCAUUGGCUCAUGCUCAAUUAUCUGAAGUGUUAUGGCAUAUGGUAUUUCAAAUUGGAUUAUCGAUGAAUGGUUAUCUGGGUGGUAUUGCAUCAUUUCUUGUUUUUAUGCCAUGGUCAACAUUAACUGUCUUUAUAUUACUUUUAAUGGAAGGACUUUCAGCUUUUCUUCAUGCACUUCGUCUUCAUUGGGUUGAAUUUCAAUCGAAAUUUUACAAAGGUGAAGGUUAUCCAUUUGUUCCAUUUUCAUUUAAAACUAUCCUUGAAGAAACUCCAUUCGAUACAUAA